AAUUACCGCAAAAUGACCCUAUAUUUUGUUCUCCUUGCGUAAAAUAUCUUCAGAUGAAAAAGGUGCAUCGACAAUGAUUAAAGAUUUGUGUUUUUUUCUAAUUUGCUUUAUAGUGUGGGAUGAAACGUAUUCACAAACAAAUGAAUCACCUACGGACCUUGCUGUAGUAGAAGCUCCAGUGGAGGAAAAAAAUCCUAAAAAUAUAGAUAUUGGUUUAAAUAUUGGAAACAAAAAUAAAAAUCUAGAACUUCAUUUGGAAAGGUAUGAUGAACUGAAUGCAAAUGCCUUUGUUCUUGUUCCAAGAGUUACCUCAGAUGGAAAGUCAGUUUUAGUGCGAGAUGAGGUUCCUGCAGAUUCGUCAGUGGCAUUUUACCACGAUCCAAAAAAUGGUGGAGCUUUUCUUAUGAAAUGUGACCAACAACAGGCGAACGGGGAAUGCACAAAGACAUUGCAAGGGUCUGUAUAUAUAGAGGGAGAGGAAUAUGCAAUGCAACCAUUGAACGAGGGAGCAAGACGAAAACGACAAGUUGAUAUCAAGGUGGAUAAGAAUGGCAAAAGGAAAACAAGAGUUAUGUACGGAUUGUUCAAGAAGACAAAACCCAAUAAAAACAGUGGAAAUUGGGAAUUAAACAAGAAAAAUCGAAAUUUUAAGAAAGUGUGGGAGAAAGUUAAAAAGGAAAAAACAAGAAAACCAGAAAGAGGCAAAUUUGGAAGACCAGCUGUCGGCAGGAACCGCUUGUCUAGACUUGAUUGGGCACGAACCUCAAAUAAAGGUGUCCCAGUUUUUACCCCAGCACCUGUCGAGAAAAGCACCCCAAAGCCUGAACGAGUGCAGCCUCUUCAGGCUUUUAGGGCUCUUGGUAGCAGAACAAAGCGUAGGCUUGUCGUGGAUAUAAAUAGUGCUCCAGUUCUGGGAGAAAGAUUGGCCAAUUCAGCCAAGCCUACUGCGUUCGCUACAGCCAGUAAGAGGACCGUAGUAACAACAGUAGUCGAUGAAUACAACGUGGGGAUUCUUGUAGGUCUGGAUUAUGCUACAUAUGAAAGAUUUUAUAAGAAAUCAACAGGCGCAACCAGUAAGGAACGUGAUAUAAAUACUAAAAAGGAGAUGAGACUUUAUUUUUCACAAGUGAUUAAUGGGGUCGCUCUUCGCUACAAAACCAUAAAGGGAGAUUUCUCAUUAAAUAUAGUGGUCACUGGUUUCAUUAUUGUUGACGUUGCUGACUAUCCAUGUUUUACUUGUGGAAAAGUAAGAAACCCAUUUGACGACACGCAGAGACAGCUGACAAAUAUAGAAUCGGCCCUUACAAACAUCACAGAGUUCAGAAGAAAGACAACAUUACCGAAUCACGACCACCUUAUGCUUUUUACAGACUUAGAUCUCUACUUCUCUCCUAGCAAGAAUAACUAUCAAACAGACGUAACAGGUUUUGCUUACGUUGGAGCUUUGUGCACUGAGGCCAGUACAUCAGUAAUUGAAGAUUUUGGAAAUUUUGAGAGUGUUUUUACUGCUGCACAUGAACUGGGUCAUAGUUUGGGAGCACAACAUGAUGGCGUAGGUAAUGACUGUGCUGAGAUGGACCAGUACCUACUUACAGCAGUUUCCGGCCAAACGACGGAAACCACUAAACAUAAUCCCUGGAAAUUUUCCUCUUGUUCUAUUGAUUACUUCCGGGAAUAUAUAGCAAACAUAAGUAAACCCGAUUCUAGAGUUGGCAAUUGUCUUACUGACGAAGCACUGAUUUACGAUACCAAGGAAUUUAAUCAGAAUAUUGCCACACACCCUGGCCAAUUAACAAAUCCAAAUGACCAGUGCAAAGCCAUUGUAGGACCUAAUUCAUAUUAUGGAUGGGGAAAUGUGCUGAAAUCUUUUGCGGAUAUUUGUACUUCAAUGGCCUGUAACACAGGAGAGAAUGCAGAUUCGUUUGUAUUUGGAACAGCAUUUAGGGGGACCUCUUGUGGAGACAAGAAGUGGUGUCUAGAAGGCCGUUGUGUAAGUGACACAAACGCUCCAAGCAAAAAUCCAAAUUGUGUACAUGGGGAUUCCAUUGGAACAUUUUCCUUCCUCGAGAAGACGUGUGCUCAAGUUGUAACGGAAACGCCUUCACAAUGCUACAAAGACAUCUACAAGACGCGGUGUUGCGAAUCCUGCGAAAAAGCUGCAGACAAAUUAAAACCAGAGUGUCCAUUUGGUGAUAGGGGCGACUCGUGUUCAAAAAUACUGUCAAACCCAUCCCUGUGUUAUGUAGAGGAGAGAGAUUGUUGUGACACAUGUGAUAAAGUGAACACAGGACCGGAAGGUUGUGAAUAUGGUGAUAAGAUAGACACGUGUGUACCAGAAGAUUGUGGUACAGAUGAAGCAUACCGAGAUCAGUGUUGUGAUACCUGUGCUGACUACGUACCACCAGUUAGUACUACACCACCAGUGACGGAACCAUCAACAACAACAGAGGCAACAACAACUCAGCCACCGCCACCAACAACAGCUAAGCCAACAUCACCACCACCUACAACAACACAGUCACCACCAACAACAACAACUAAACAGACAACACAAGCACCAACCCCAUCACCAAUUAAACAGACAACAACACAAGCACCAACUCCAUCACCAACGGAACCAACAACAACUCAGCCAACAACCACAGCAUCUAAACCACUACCAAAGACAACAACAGCAGUACCAACCACAACAGCUACUGUAUCACCAUAUCAACAUUUGUGUGUCAACCCUUCACUUAAAUUUGGAUUUAGAUCCUGUACAGAAGUUGGACAACAAUUGUAUAUCCCAUGCCAUAAUGACAUGUUCAGAAGGUUAUGCUGUAAAGAAUGUGGAGCGUGCUCCGACAGACAAGACAGAAAAUGUUGGGAUGUACAAAAGAAUCCAGGACAAUGUUUCUACAAGAAUGUCAAGGAAGACUGCUGCGAGACGUGUACAAAAAUUGCCGAGAAAGGUUGUGUCGAGGAUGCUAGCCAAUUCUGUGAAUAUUUUGUCAAGGAAAAUCCCAUUUACGUUUGUGAAAAUUACAGGCCAGUGUGUUGUAAAUCGUGUAAACCGUAUCCUGUCAACGCUUUGUUUGCCCGUUCUGCGAAAGGAAACACUCAACUUACAAAAACGCAAAUUCAGAUAGAUUCGGUCUUAAAAAAAGCUUCUGAUCCUAACACUGUGGUAGAUUUAAAUAAGGAUCACUUAAAGGAUAUUCCAGAAGCUAAACAACUGGAGAAGGCAGGGAUUAAGGAUAGGCCAAAGAAACCUGAAAGGAAAAAGUUUCAAUCUAGAAGGUUCCUAAAUCUUAAGAGAACCUCUGGCAAUACUCGAAGACCCGCCAAUACUCGAACUCGAGGAACCGCAAAUACUCGAAGACUACGUCUAAACCAGAGGACUGCACGACCAAGGUUAAGGUCCCCCCGAAGGAACAAUCGAAAUAAUCGGCGCAUAUCAAUGAGAGGAUGAAGUGUUCUAUUAUAUUUAAAAUAAUAAUUUACAUCCUUUGAACCUUCAAUGUUACCUAGCGGUCAAUGUAUGUACAGGACUUGUGCAAUAAAAAUAUUUUCCUUAUAUUAUUUUUUUAAUGGAAAUGAGAAAUUGCUAUCCUACCAAUCUGCCUCAAGCUCUUCUUAACACCUAGUGCAUUAUACUAGUCGUUUAUUGCACCAUUUUUUAUAUCCAUAUUGAUUCUUUGAGCAGUUAUUGAUAGGGCAGCUUUUUAAAGAAGGGUUCUUGUUUGGUUUCUCACAAAAUAAAAUAUUCAAAGUAAUUAUUUGUUUAAAUGUCAUUAAUAUAUUAUUUUAGAUGUUACGGAUUGAAAAGAUCAUAUUUUUGUUUCUCACAAUUUUAUAACUCUCCAUAGAAAUAGCAAACUAAGUUGAAUAUUUAGCAGGGACUAAAUUUUUGGCAGAACGGUGGCUUAUGAAAAUAUAUCAAGUUCUGCUACUCAAAUAGACAACAAAAUAAUGAAUUUAAUGAAAAUUUUUAACAAUCAAAGGCUUAAAGUAAUUUUCGGAAGAAAGUGAAAUUAAUAACCAAGUGUUAGCAAAUAUAAUCUUUCACUGGGUAAUAUUUUGACUGACGUGUUUGACACCAAUUGUAAGGUCUUUGUUUUUAUAAUGAAUUUGACUACGGAAUAUUCCAUCUGCCUGGUUAAUACAUUCGUAUGGCUUACGGCGGGUUGAACCGGUCGACAAGGAAUGCUUACUCCUCCUAGACACCUAAUCCUAUUUCUGGAAUUUCCAGGAGUCCGUGUUUUAUGUCCUGAUUACAGAUUUCUAUUGUUUGUAGAUUUUUUUUUAGAUUAAUCUCUGUUAGUUUUCUUCACCUUUUUCCAUUUUCGAUUUAGAAUAUAUCUAAUAAAUAUGAUUUUCCAACCAAACUCUACAA